AUGAAGGAUACAGUGUAGGCGACCCCGGCCUCGAUCAGGUGAUCUCUUAAAUACUCCGAGUUCCGAGUUGCGCGACUCACUUCGUGGAGUUGACUAUAAAACCUAUGCUUGAUUUCACUAAUUUAAAAUACAGAGCAACAAAGACAACUGACAGACAUUUCUCCAAUGGCGUCAAAUUCCUCCAACAAUCCGAUACUUCCAGUAUCCAGCUCUUCAACCGGCGAAGAGAAGGAGAAGGAGAGGCUUAUCAAAGGAGGAGAUGAAAAGCUUUUCAGAGGAUCCGCUAUGACUAAAAGAGGAGCCUAUGCUGCUAUCUCUUACAUGUCUUGUGCAGUGCUCUUGGUAAUGUUCAACAAAGCAGCUCUUUCUUCUUAUAAAUUCCCUAGCGCAAAUGUUAUAACGCUAUUUCAGAUGAUAAGCUCAUGCUCUUUUCUGUAUGCAUUAAGACGCUGGAAGAUUGUUUCUUUCACGGUCGGUGAAUCUUUACAUGCUGAUAGCAAUGCUACUUUCGUGUCAUUGGAGACCUUGAUUCACACCCUUCCUCUUUCAGUUGCCUAUUUACUUUACAUGUUAGUUACAAUGGAGUCUAUUCGUGGAGUAAAUGUUCCCAUGUACACGACCCUAAGGCGGACAACAGUGGCAUUUACGAUGGUUAUGGAGUACUUUCUUGCAGGGCAGAGGUAUACACCACCUAUUGUUGGAAGUGUUGGAGUGAUUAUUCUUGGAGCAUUCAUUGCGGGAGCUCGGGACUUGUCAUUUGACUUCUAUGGGUAUGCUGUUGUCUUCUUAGCCAACAUUACAACAGCAAUAUAUCUCGCUACUAUUAGUCGAAUCGGGAAAUCCAGUGGCCUUAACAGCUUUGGACUUAUGUGGUGUAAUGGAAUUAUAUGUGGACCAAUUGUGCUGCUUUGGACAUUUAUGCGUGGUGAAUUGAAGAUGAUGAUGAAUUUCCCCUAUCUGUUUUCUACUGGUUUCUUGGCUGUGCUCCUUCUUUCCUGUACACUGGCUUUCUUCUUGAAUUACAGUAUAUUUCUGAAUACUACUCUCAAUUCGGCUCUCACGCAGACAAUUUGUGGUAACUUGAAGGACCUAUUUACAAUUGGAUUUGGAUGGAUAAUUUUCGGUGGGCUUCCUUUUGAUAUGUUCAAUGUGAUUGGACAAUUGCUUGGUUUUAUCGGCUCUGGUAUGUAUGCUUAUUAUAAGCUCGUAGGGAGGUAAUUGCUUGAACUAUACUGGAACAGUACAUCGCGGGAGAUUCUGUAGCUGCUCUAAUUCCCAUGCUUCUUCUUUGUCUGAUGUAAUGUAAUGGGCUUCUGGAAGAGAUUUUACUAACACCCGAGAGAUUUUUUUGUCUGUAUAAAGUCACUGAUCCAGCAUUUUAGUUGAGGCCUGCUUCUGGCAAUGUACCGGUUGCAACCACCAGGCAUCAGAGGAGCAAUGAUACUUCGCACUCAUUUUUAACCAUUCCAAUGGCAGAAGAAAAUGCGGAAAUUUUUAGUAGGCGCAUAUUGUUAGAAAAGAAAAAAAUUGCUAGAAAUAAUGUUUUCUUUUUCCAAGUAUUAUAUUUUUCCCACUCAGAUGAGUUGUUACAAGCAAUCUGUUCUGUAUGAUCAAGGAAAAUUUAACGAAGUUGCAGUGAUACUUUCUUA